AUGGCUGUAGAUUAUAGUCAGUUCAAGGGCAAACCUUUUCAGGUCAUCUCCAAAUUGGGAGUUCGAUAUACAGGUAUAUUCGAUCAUAUCAAUCAGGAUGAUCAGACCAUCUGCCUAGCACAAGUGUAUAAUCAUGGUACUGAGGAUAGACCCACGCCCAGGAAAUUACCCGGAUCCAACAAAUCACUAGGCUGGGUCAGAUUCCACACCGAGUCCAUCGAAUCUCUAGCUCUGGUAGAGAAUUACAUACCACCUGGUGAAGAGGCUCCUGUGGAUCCGAUUCUCGCGUCUAUUAGCCAAAAUGCCCCACCAGCUGCUCAGGCCCCAAGCCAACCUCCACAACCACCUUCCGGUCCCGCAGCAGCAUCUUCCUCUCAACCUCGUAAACAAUCGUUCGACUUACCUCCCAAACCCACCGGUGCAGCCAUAUCCGCCGCAACCGCUUUAGACAGAGUUCAAAGGUCUCUUUCAGACUUACACGUCAACGAAGACUCCGGUAGGCCACGAAGAGGCCCUAGGGCUCAACCUAUCGAGGUCCCUGACACGGAAUUCGACUUCGCAGCGAACAACGAGAAGUUCGAGAAAGAGAAAGGUAAAGAAGCUGAAACCAACGGGCAUGUUGAACCUACUUCGAACGAGAUCGGUGAACCUGAAUCUCAACCUCAUCCUUCUGCUUUAGCAUCUUCCCCUCCGAAAGAGGAUCAACCCAAACCUCAGCCUCAACCUGUCAAAUAUAACAAAUCGAGCUUCUUCGAUAAUUUAUCUACCGAGACUGCGAGAGUAUCAAGGGCGGAUGAGCGACAUAGGAACUUCGACACGUUUGGGGAGGCUGGUGGACCAAAUUAUAACCAAGGUGGUCCUGGUGGAUUCAGAGGUAGAGGUGGAUUUAAUCGAGGUGGUCAACAGGGUUAUAGCAACCGAGGUGGACGAGGUGGAUAUAACAGAGGUGGUAGAGGUGGGUAUGGUGGUGGUCAAGGUCAGCAAGGACAGGGUCAGGGUCAGGGAUAUCAGCAAGGUGGACAGAGACAGUACUAUAACAAUAGACAAAGUCAGAAUGAAUUGGCGUAA